AUGCUUUGCAAGAAGGAGGUGCAACUCCGGAAGGCUUUGGCGGCAGCCGAGAAAAAAAGGGUAGCGCAGCAAGCUGGGUCUGUGGCAGCUGUUGCAGUGCAGCAGCAAAGCUUGACAGCAAACCGUGGCAAGUCAAAGGGGGCCACAGCAGCAUCCACUGCCAAUCAAACAGCUGCCGACGCCAGCGCCACCAACCAGGAUUAUUACAAGAAGCUGCAAGAAGACAUCAAAAUCAUUGAGUCCGAGAUGGGACCGGAUUUCAUGACAGCCUUGCCAAUGCCCAUUGAGAAGGAUGGUGGUGGCAUCCAAGCGUGCUACAAUCAGGCAGAUGCACAAACUGCCAUGGCAUCCCGAGGGUGCUACACUUCUUCAGUUAGCCUAUGGUGGCUGGAUCUUUUCAAGCCAGCAGCUGCUGCUGGUGUUCCUAUGAGCCGACAGCGGUUGGAAGAUCUUGCUUUGCACUACUACCAGGCAGAAUACACGCCGAAGUUCAUGACUGGCAGACAGAUCGAAGUUGCCAUCCAUGACAUGAAAGACAUCACGGAGAAGCCUGGAGCGCGGAAGAAUUGUUACGAAGAUUGGACCAGAACCAAGGAUUUGUGGAAGGCAGUGAUGCUUAGCGUUCCAUGCUCCAUGAUCAAAGUCUCAGCCGCUGACGUAUGGGUGGAAGCAUACAACCGGCGCCAGCAAGUGAUGCAGGAGCACGAAUCGUUGGCUCGCACUGGCCUCCAGCAGACCAUGGAGAUCAUGCAGUUCAAGGUGCUUCUCGAAGCACGCCUCCCGGGGAAGAAGUUGAACGCUUCACAGCUCGCCCAAGAGCUCAAAGGCAUGGGCCUUCAGCAAGUGCAAGGUGGCCGUGUGGAGGAUGAUGGCUUGAGCGCCUUCACAUGCCAGGCAGCCAUGAAUGUGCACAGCCGCUUGCUCAACAACGGCAGCAUUGUGGAGGCAAUUAUGUUGCUGGAGCACAGGUAUGGAACCAAGAACUGCCUGUUCCACCUGGCCAAGCUUGACGCUUUAGCCAUGAAGGCGAGCAAUGCUGCUACCAGACUAUGGUCCGUCCUGUGUUUGGUCGAUCAAGUUUGCCACGGCCUUCUGCAGAACGAUCAAGUGAGCAAGGCCCAUCUCAAGGGCGACAGGACGCACUGCGGCUUGGUGAGCUUGUUUGAGCUCAAAUACCAUGUGCUGUCCCAUUUCCUGGAUUCUUUAGCGGCGCAAGCUGGAGUUUUGGAAGGCGACCGAAAGCUCCUGAAAGAGCACCUGGGCAGCCAUGAUGCAUUCCGAUCCAGCGCCGAAGACCCUUCUUGGAGAGCACCGUUGGCUAAGUCCAGCAUCAUGCUACUGGAGCUGGUGGAGGAGCUUGUGUACGGACGAGCCUUUGACAACAGCUUGAAGGUAUUGGCCAAGCAAUCGUCUGGUGUGGAUGGACUUUUGGAUUAUGAAAACAUCAAAGAGCCCUGGGAAGCCAUCAAAAACCAGAUUGCAAACGAAGUUGCGGAGCGCAAAGCCUUGCAAGGCAUCGAUGGAGCGGCAAAGGUUGACGAUGCUUCCGAGGUGGAUGCAAGCAUGGAUGUGGAAUCUCUGAGGGCACCGCCAUCAGCACAUAGCCAAAGCACACCGGAAUACUGGCAAUCCGUUGCGAACCAGACGGUCCGAACAUAUGUGACCCUGCUGCCCGAGCCCAAAACCGCAAAGGCCUUGGAGCUUGCCUUGUCACAGUCCUCCCUCAAGGACUGCCAAGCCAUCCCUGGCUCCAAUUCGGUCGUCAUAUGGCUUGACUUGGAUUUGUUGGGGGAAAGCAUGGGGCCAAGCCAACAGCCCCGGCUGAGGAAGCAAUUCAAUCCCGAGCCCAAGUUGAUUCGCAAACUUUUGCAUGGAGCCAUGUUGGCAAGAGGUGCUACGGAACACAAAAGUUGCCCUGGGGAAGCCACAGUUCCACAGGAGGGGGACAUUGUGGCCAUUGUGUGCAGCAGCAAAGCCAAAUUGAACGACGCCAAGGCAGCCCUGAAACCUUCCACGGCCAGAUCAGACGCAGCUCUGGAUGCAGAGGACAAGGAAUUGCUUUUGACUUUCCAUGAUGAAAGCGUGCGGGCCAGGAAGAAGCUUGUUCGCGGAAGCGGCAACUACAGCUUGAAGAGCACCAUUUUGCUGGUCACUUCUGCGCCUUUGAUUCCUGCUUGCAUCCCGGAGCGGCAGUACAAACUCUUCCCGUGCCACAACACGUCGGAUGUACUGGGAUUCAUCCAGGCUUGCCCGCCGGCUGAUUUGUGGCACCUGGGAAGGAGCGCCAAGGAAGAAGUGCUUGGCCCGGACCGCAUUUGCAAGAUCUCUGACAUUGCCCAGGAAAAGAAAGAAGCAGAAUCGGAGAAGCAAGGCGAUGCAUUAGAAUCAGUCUUUUCAUCCCAUUCCCUUCCCAAGGAGUUUUACCAGGAUUUUCUGGUCGCCCAUUCGGCUCUGGCAUGGAUUGAUUUGGCAUGUGGACAGGCUGAAUCAGCCAAAGCCUGCCUUCUGGAAAGAAAGGCGUUUGUCGGCGUGACGCUUUCAGAGGCACACUCGAAACGAAUUGAAAUUCUCUUGACCAACUUCCUCGCGGAUGAAUUCCAAAGGGAGGGAUCAACCUUCUACAGACCGGAGGCAGUGGCUGUCUUGGGGAAACCGGAGAACGAGCAGAAGCCUGUGACAGUUGCUCCAAAGCCCAAAAAGGGAACCAAGCGAGGGAAGAAGAAGACUGAUGGUGAAGGCGGCAAUGCUGGCGAGGAGUCCGAGCCGCCCAAAAAGAAAAACAAGCAGAAAGAGGAGCAAAACUCGGCGAAGGACGAGCCAUAUUUGUUUGAAGUCAUGAUGUUGCCGAAGCGCGAAGCAGUUGCCAUGCUUGCGGGGCAUGCUGCGGCGCUGAAACCGCCAGACUGGGCCUCGCACGGCUUGGAGAUCAUCAAAGAAGCCGCUGUUGGGUGCUUGAGGAUCGCAACAUGCGUCAAGCAGAAUGCAGUGUUGCGGAACAUACAACUUGUUGCCAUCGCCGUGCGCUGCGCCCUUGAGUCAGAGGACAUGGAUUUUACUUGGCCAGACGUCAAGUCCCCUCCGACGUUCUUCAAACCUUGUCAAGAACUUUGCUCUGACUUGUCCAUGAUGAGCCGUUGCCUUGAACAGUUUGCUGGCCACAGCCGCAGAUUUGUGGAGCUCCAUGCAUAUUUAAAAGCGGCUCUCCAAGAAUUGGACGACCCAGUUUUCCGUGCACCUGACAAUGCUGAAAUUUCAGCCCUAGUUCAGCAGGCUGCAGAGGUGUUCGAAGAUUGCCUGUGUUUCCUCACUGGGUUUCAGAAGAUGAUGAUGUAG